UUCAAAGAUGGCCGCCCUGUUGUUUUGAUGAAUAAUACUUGGUGGGGCGAGGGGGUAAGAGUAGGGGUGGAGGGGUAGGAGGAUUUACUCUUCCAUCCAGAGCAUCGCGAGUCCCGUCCUCCCCCUCCCCCCUGCCCGGGCUCCGGCGUGGAGGCGGGGCGUGGCCGGCCUGCUUUGGGAGGGGAGGGGCUUCCCUCUUCAGUGCUGGGCUCUGCCUUGGCGGUUCUGGGGUCGCCUUACCUCGGGGCAUCCACUCUGCAGUCGAACAGUUCCCGCCUGGGGCAAAGGGUAGGAAGGAGAGCAGGAUCUGCUGGAGGAAGCGCACCUGCCGCGUCACCACCACGAAGACACAGCAGGCUCAGGGCACGAGACGUGCUGGAGACCCGAGUCCCUGGUCUGGGUAACCUGGGAAGCAGAGGGCAAGAGUGGCGCCUUAAGAUAACCCUGUAGAGCAGCAGCGGUGGUGGCCAAAGGAGGCUCCCCGGGGCACAAGCAGCUGUAGGAGUCUGUGGGGCGAUUGGAGUGACCGACGCCAAGGCGGUUCAGUGCCUCUCGUGUUCUUAUUUUUUAACCUCUGACUAUGCAAUUCUGAAACCUCCCCCAUUCGGGGGACCAGACAGCCCGAUAGACACCUUCCACUCUCCUCCCGCCCUGGUCUCAAGAACAGAAGGAUCUCUCCCUAACGCCUUUCACCAUUAAGAGGAAAGCGAUGGAGGAGCUGAGCGCUGAUGAGAUCCGACGGAGGCGCCUUGCACGACUUGCCGGUGGACAGACCUCCCAGCCGACCACCCCGCUCACCUCGCCCCAGAGGGAGAACCCUCUGGGGCCUCCCGUAGCAGCAUCAGCCCCAGGCCCCUCCCAGAGCCUUGGUCUCAGUGUCCACAGCAUGACCCCAGCUACCUCCCCAAUAGGUGCAUCAGGAGUAGCGCAUCGAAGCCAGAGCAGUGAAGGAGUCAGUUCUCUCAGCAGCUCGCCCUCCAAUAGCCUUGAAACCCAGUCUCAGUCUCUCUCACGUUCCCAGAGCAUGGAUAUCGAUGGCGUCUCUUGUGAAAAAAGCAUGUCCCAGGUGGAUGUGGAUUCAGGAAUUGAAAAUAUGGAGGUUGAUGAAAACGAUCGAAGAGAAAAGAGGAGCCUCAGCGAUAAGGAGCCUUCCUCGGGUUCAGAAGUGUCCGAAGAGCAGGCCUUGCAGCUGGUCUGUAAGAUCUUCCGCGUCUCCUGGAAGGACCGGGACAGAGAUGUCAUCUUUCUUUCUUCUCUUUCUGCACAAUUUAAGCAGAACCCAAAAGAAGUGUUCUCUGAUUUUAAGGACUUGAUUGGCCAGAUUUUAAUGGAAGUGCUAAUGAUGUCUGCUCAGACCAGAGAUGAAAAUCCUUUUGCCAGUCUGACGGCCACGUCACAGCCAAUUGCAGCGGCAGCUCGGUCACCAGACAGAAAUCUCAUGCUCGCUACCGGCUCCAACCCAGGAACUAGCCCCAUGUUCUGCGGCGUGGGUUCCUUCGGUGCCAGCUCUUUCUCUAGCCUCUAUGAAACUAGCCCGGCUCCCAGUUCAAGUUUCUGGAGCUCGGCGCCAGUGACGAGUCCGUCCUUUGCCUCCUCCCCUGCCCGGGCAGCCGGCCCGAUGGCCGGGCCUGCCACUUCCCUCAGCCCGCACGCCGCGGCUCCUGGCUCUGCCGCAGGAAGCCAGCCCUCAUCUCCACGGUAUCGCCCCUACACCGUCACCCACCCGUGGGGGUCUUCAACUUCUCCUACCCCACGGUCCCCGGGCAUCUCCAUUCUGUCCAGCUCGCCCAGCCUCCCCGCCCUCGCUAGUAGCCUUCAAGCGGUGCCCGCCAGCUCUCCCAGACAGAGACCCAGCAGCCUAGGGCCACCUUCCCUGGCCGCCUCGCCCAGUGCCGCAAGCAGACGUCCCUCAGCCCUAAGGAUCUCUCCUAGUUUGGGAGCCUCUGGUGGGGCAAGUACCUGGGAUUCCUACAGUGACCAUUUCACCAUUGAGACCUGCAAGGAGACAGACAUGCUGAACUACCUCAUCGAGUGUUUUGACCGAGUUGGAAUAGAGGAAAAAAAAGCACCAAAGACGUGCAGCCAGCCGGCAGUCAGCCAGCUUCUGAGCAACAUCCGCUCGCAGUGCAUAUCCCAUACUGCGCUAGUCCUGCAGGGUUCCCUCACGCAGCCAAGGUCCAUGCAGCAGCCGUCCUUCCUGGUGCCGUAUAUGCUGUGCAGGAAUCUCCCGUAUGGCUUCAUGCAGGAGCUGGUGCGGACCACUCACCAGGAUGAAGAAGUGUUCAAGCAGAUCUUUAUCCCCAUUUUACAAGGCCUGGCCCUCGCUGCCAAAGAGUGCUCCCUCGACAGUGACUACUUCAAGUACCCCCUCAUGGCUUUAGGUGAGCUUUGUGAAACCAAGUUUGGGAAGACCCACCCCGUGUGCAAUUUGGUGGCUUCUUUGCCAUUGUGGUUGCCUAAAUCCUUAAGCCCCGGCUCUGGGCGGGAGCUGCAGAGACUGUCCUACCUGGGGGCUUUCUUCAGCUUCUCGGUCUUCGCGGAAGACGAUGCUAAGGUAGUUGAAAAAUAUUUCUCAGGGCCCGCCAUUACCCUGGAGAACACUCGCGUGGUCAGCCAGUCACUGCAGCAUUACCUGGAGCUGGGAAGGCAAGAGCUUUUCAAGAUUCUGCACAGUAUUCUGUUGAACGGCGAGACCCGUGAGGCUGCUCUCAGUUACAUGGCAGCCGUCGUCAACGCCAACAUGAAGAAAGCACAGAUGCAGACAGAUGAUAGAUUGGUAUCUACAGAUGGAUUCAUGCUGAAUUUCCUCUGGGUGCUGCAGCAGCUAAGUACAAAGAUCAAGUUAGAGACGGUGGACCCCACGUAUAUAUUCCACCCGAGGUGUCGGCUUAUCCUCCCUAAUGAUGAGACGAGAGUGAACGCGACGAUGGAGGACGUGAACGACCGGCUGGCUGAGCUGUAUGGAGAUCAGCCUCCAUUUUCUGAGCCGAAAUUCCCUACAGAAUGCUUUUUUCUUACCCUGCACGCCCACCACCUCUCCAUUCUGCCAAGCUGCCGUCGCUACAUCCGCAGACUCCGGGCCAUCCGGGAGCUCAAUAGAACCGUGGAAGAUCUGAAAAACAAUGAAAGCCAAUGGAAAGAUUCCCCGCUGGCAACUAGACACCGCGAGAUGCUGAAGCGCUGCAAAACUCAGCUUAAGAAACUGGUACGGUGCAAGGCCUGUGCUGACGCUGGUUUACUUGAUGAGAGCUUUCUGAGAAGAUGUUUGAAUUUUUAUGGCCUUCUCAUCCAGCUGCUGCUCCGCAUCCUGGACCCCGCCUAUCCCGAUAUAACACUGCCUUUAAACUCAGAUGUCCCCAAGGUAUUUGCAGCAUUGCCUGAGUUUUAUGUAGAAGAUGUUGCUGAAUUUUUAUUUUUUAUUGUACAAUACUCUCCUCAGGUGCUUUAUGAACCCUGUACUCAGGACAUUGUGACGUUCCUUGUUGUGAUGUUGUGUAACCAGAACUACAUCCGAAAUCCGUAUCUGGUGGCCAAACUGGUAGAAGUCAUGUUUAUGACCAACCCUGCUGUUCAGCCACGAACCCAGAAGUUUUUUGAAAUGAUCGAAAACCAUCCUCUCUCCACCAAAUUGUUGGUCCCUUCACUGAUGAAGUUUUAUACAGACGUUGAGCACACCGGAGCCACCAGUGAGUUCUACGACAAGUUCACCAUCCGCUAUCACAUCAGCACCAUUUUUAAAAGCCUUUGGCAAAACAUAGCUCACCAUGGCACCUUCAUGGAAGAGUUCAAUUCGGGGAAGCAGUUUGUCCGCUACAUAAACAUGCUGAUAAAUGACACGACGUUUCUGCUCGAUGAAAGUCUGGAGUCUCUGAAGCGAAUCCACGAGGUGCAGGAAGAGAUGAAGAACAAAGACCAGUGGGACCAGCUGCCCCGGGAUCAGCAGCAAGCCCGUCAGUCCCAGCUGGCUCAGGACGAGCGUGUGUCCCGCUCCUAUCUUGCCCUGGCAACAGAAACCGUGGACAUGUUCCAUAUCCUCACGAAGCAGGUCCAGAAGCCGUUCCUCAGGCCGGAACUUGGACCCCGAUUGGCCGCAAUGCUGAACUUUAAUCUUCAGCAACUCUGCGGCCCCAAGUGCCGUGACCUGAAAGUUGAAAACCCUGAGAAGUACGGCUUUGAACCAAAGAAGCUGUUGGACCAACUGACGGAUAUUUACCUGCAGCUGGACUGUGCCCGGUUUGCCAAAGCCAUUGCCGACGACCAGAGAUCCUACAGCAAAGAGUUGUUUGAAGAAGUGAUCUCGAAGAUGCGGAAGGCCGGGAUCAAAUCGACCAUAGCGAUCGAGAAGUUUAAGCUCCUGGCCGAGAAGGUGGAGGAGAUAGUGGCCAAGAACGCGCGCGCGGAAAUCGACUACAGUGACGCCCCCGACGAGUUCCGAGACCCUCUGAUGGACACCCUGAUGACCGACCCCGUGCGGCUGCCGUCCGGCACCGUCAUGGACCGCUCCGUCAUCCUGCGGCACUUGCUCAACUCCCCCACGGACCCCUUCAACCGGCAGACGCUGACCGAGAGCAUGCUGGAACCAGUGCCAGAAUUGAAAGAACAGAUUCACGCCUGGAUGAGAGAGAAACAAAACAGUGAUCACUAAACCGUCCCCCGUGCCCACCCUCCGCGAGACACAGCCCAGGCGGGCCAGGCCGGCGGGAGCGGUGUCGGCGGUGGAGACGCCCUUCCGAUGCCUUUCAGCCCCGCCGGGCAGGAGACGCUGAGAGCCCCACCCCCACCCCCGGAGUGACCAGACGGUGGAGACCCGGGAGGACGUGGAUGGCAAGAGGAACCCCAUUCCUGUACAUAUAUUUAAGUGACACACAUGGUCAAAAGCUUGAGGGACACACUUUACGAUUGCUUGUGUAAUAAAGCUCGUCUUCCUAUGUCACCAUUUGGGGCUUUUGCAACGGAAGUCUUUUAGCGAUUGAUGACCAGUGGGUCUGGGCAGCAUCCCAAGUUCAUCUCCCCCACCCCCACCCCCAAACCCAAUAUCCGUUGAUUUGAUUGUGAUUAGAGAACCUUGGACAUUUUGCUGCUAAAGAAUCCUUCCCCCUCCUCCUCCCUCGACCCGACUUGCACUGCUGUGGAUUUUUUUAAGAGAAGCAAAAACAAAAAUAUACUCCUUCCCCCUGCCCCGGCCCUCCAGACAUAUACUCUGUGAGAGAACCGUGCCUGCAACAAAGUGUUAAUCCUGGGAUCGUAUUUUUAUAUCAUAUUCACAUAUUUGUUUUUUUAAUUGGUGUUAGAUGACAUGAUUAAUAAAAAAGGCAAGAUAUUUUCAGAAUUCGAAUUUCAGUUUUUAUUUUUUUUUUCUUUUGAAAUGUCCCUUUCAAGUUUUUUUAUUCUAAACAAAAUGAAGAGAACCUGUUGCUCUGGUCCUUGGCGGAGGCCUCUCGUAGGAGCCCGAGGAGCAGCUGCAGGGCAGGGAAAAUAUUCACGUAUAUCAGGAUUUUUACAGGACUUACGGUUUUGGGGGGAGGCGCACGUGGGGCGGGGGGCGGCAAUUCAAAACCGUUCCAGUUCUCCUAGGAGGGAAAAGAAAUUCCUCAACUCCACAGUCUGUGAGUUCGAGGCAGGGGGUCAUCUAUAAGACGUAUCCUUUGGGGCUUGCCCUGACCAAAGCAAAAAUGGGGCACAGGAAACGGGGACGCGUGUCUCCCUGUAAACACACACACACACAGACACACACACACACACACACAGAACCGUAAGACUUUUUGUAUUACUACUCCCGACUCCAACAUACUUGAAUUCUCGCAUUUCCUGUGGGGUAAAAAAAGGAUCUGAAACCAUAAAGUGUUUUGAGGAAAUGAAGCUCCGAGAACAGACUUUCUUUUUUCCUUUUUCCUCCCCCUCCACAGACAAUGUCCUCUGUUCGAUUCCUAACGCAAACUACAAUAAAUGGCGAAACGCAUUCAGAAGGAA